GCAAGAACAGUUAGAACACAAACGGCUGUCUGCUAAGUUUGCUCAGCGAUCUAGAUGACGUCGAUUGCGCUCGUAGCGGUCAAGCGCUUGUGAUGAACGAACACCUGCACCAGUUGCAUGUCCCUCUUUUUUUCGAUAUUCUUUUCCCUAAACCCGGUGUGGCAUACAUUAUCAUCUACUUUCCUCCUUCUCUCACCCUAUCAUUUUGGUACUAUAGGUACCAAACACUGCACGGCUGUUAUCUGCCUCCGGUUGCUUUUCAUCUCCCUCCCUUUUCAUGUUGUUGACGUACGGUUUUUUUUUUAUGUCCUGGAAAUGUGAACUCGAAGUGCAAUUCACGUGACGAGACCUUUUUAUUGCAUCACAUUCUCAAGCUUUAUCCUAAAAUCAGAGGCCCUAUACGGGACCGAGCGUGGAUAGGAAACAUCACGCGCCAAUUGGGAAAGGGCUCGCCGUUGCAGCGCAUUUGUAACGCCGUGUCAGAGCAGGUGGCAGUCGAGCCAAACACGACCGAUACAAGCGGUGACCGUGCGUGCAGUUUGAAAUGUCGACAGCGGAUACAGCGGCGGCGGCGGCGGCGGCGCUAGCAGCAGCAGCAGCAGCCACAGCAGUGUCCUUCCAUGUCCACGAUUUUACGUCAAGCGACUCGCUGAUUCCGCUGCCAAAACGGAAGGCGCGACCAGCGCGAAUGCAACUGGACUCAAGCACGGGAUUCGUGGCGGCGUCCUCGCGGGAGAACAAAUGUCGGACCAGGGCAACAAUCCCCCGACGGAAAGGGCGAGGACACUAUUACAAGGCCACAUGUACGAAACCGACAAGGACUGGCACGUGACCAUUGUUGCUGCCGCCGCAUUUUUCUUCGGCUCUGCGUCCAUCCGCUCUUCGGGAAUUUUCUAUCUCAGCAUUAUGGAAGAGUUUCGGGUGUGUCGAUCCACGGCGUCGUGGCCGGACACGCUCAUUGAUGCAACCAGCGAAAUGGCCGGUAAAGGAUAUAUUCCUGGAUAUAUGUUUAAAUCGAAAUUGUCGGGACCCAAUGGCUACGACACCGACAAGCCGGGUGGCCAAUGUUUAUUGCCUACGCGGGUGGCCGCGGCCAGGCGGCUCCUAGUGGCCGUGUUUUUCGAGCGCGUCAACCCGCUUGGAGUGAUGACGGUCGGCAGCAUCCUAGCCUGGGCUGGCGUCAUGUGUUCAGCCUUGGCACCCAGCAUCGUAUGGAUAUCGCUCACGCUCGGUGUCACUCACGGUAUCGGCAUUGGGCUGGUAUUCAGCUCGCUGCAGGUAUUCCUGAGCCAGAACUUCAGCAAGUACCGUGGCACAGCUCAUGGCAUCAUGUACGCUGGUGCAGCAGCCUCGGCCAUGGUGUUCCCCUACUUGCUCGAGUACACCACGCAUGUAUUCGGAUUCCGUCUUUCCCUCGUCAUCUUUGGUCUUAUCCUGGUCAACCUCACUAUCAUCACCUUGCUUCUGGACAGAAACUCGUGGGUGGACAGCGCCGCCACAAGGCAAGAAGCAAUACCUGGGUUCAUAAUUUGGAACGAUGAUUUCCUGCUUUUUUUAAUUUUUCUUGCCCUUACACGACUUUCGGUCCGCGAGUUCCGUGGUGCGUCUGGCGUGCUGGAAGUGUCUGGUGUGCCCCGCGAACGGCCGCGAACAGCUCGGGGGAGCCUUUACAAGUCCACCAGUGACGGAAGGGUGUCAUCUACAACCGCUGUCCACGAAGAGAGCAGCUUGCCAGAACCGGGGUCGCCUUCACACACAAACAUUAUUCUCCGGGAAGGCAGGGUAUUCAGUUGCCCGAUGUACUACGUCAUACUGGGCACGUGGAUCCUCUUCAACUACUGUUUCGACAUGUUCAUCGGCACUAUCGAUGAUUACGCCACGGACAAGCAGCUGGGUUUCCUCAAGACGAUAUCUAUACUGCCCAUAAUCUCCACGACGGACAUCUUCGGCGGCGUCUGUCUUCCUGCGCUCGUCGACAAGGGGCUACUAAGCCGGAGUGCUCUCCUCAGCACCACUUACCUCGGCCUCGGAGUCACCACGGCGCUUUUGCCUGUGAUGACAGCUUUCCUCCCGUUCGUGGGCGUUUGUCUUGUGUUGGCAAUGUUCAUGGGCUCUGGCAACGCCAUGUAUGGUGUCCUGCAGGCCGACUACAUCCGUCAGGAUCGACUACCCGUUUCGUACGGCACAGCAGGAUUUGUCGCAGGUAUCCUGCUCAUCGCCAAGCCGUUUGUCAUAGGUUACUUCCGGGACUACCAUAGAUCAUACGACGGGCUCUUCCGGAUGUUGUCUGUGAUAUUGCUUUUUCUGGGGUUAUCUUGGCUCGUCGUGGUAGUAUACGAGUGGCAUGUGAGCGGCUCGUGGAAAAGAAAGAAAAGAAGACAGGCUGUGAUCGGAAUUCUGCAAAACUUGUGACUUUCGUAGAGAAAAAGAAGACACUUGCACUGUGUACUUUCCCUCCGUAGGCAGUAAGCCAUCGUGACAUCAUUUUUAUCUUCGAUGGGGCGUUACGCAGAUGUAUAAUAUUCAUCGCCCUCCAUGACGCAGGCCAACGGACUUAUCUGCUGGUGUCCAAGUUCAUUUGCUUAUCGUGUCUGUGAUAUGACAAACUUUCAGGUGAAGACAGUGAAUUACGUGGUGUCUACACAAUAUUUUGUAGAGUAACACCACUGCUGUGAUAUAAUGUGAAUAUCUUACACACUCGCCACUAAGCCUGCGUCGCAGGUAAGAACAAGUGUUCCGAAAAGGGGACACCAAGCUGGACCUUCUUUAAAUGAUUUGCGAAAAAUAGCUUGACUUCGCCAACUGGGAGAGUGCUUGGCGUUGUCAUUGAAUCACGGGUAACAACGAAGAAGAUAACAUCUUUAGCCGAAUAUACUAUGCAAUUUGGCAAGGUGGUCAUAGAACCACUUAAGUGCUAAAAUUAUGUACUCAAGUACGAAAGCAGGUUGGGUUGGCAGUAUUGAACUGCACACUCUGCGACGUUACGAGAAGUAUCCACUGUAAUCGAGCCACAACUUACGGCUACGCGUACACCAGACAUUCAUAAACAUCAAUUCCUGGAAUUCACUUGCUAUUUAUAGCAGUGUCGCUGUGUGCUUAUUCGUCGAUAUCUCUUAGGUCUACUCUCCCAAGCAUAUUAGCCUCCAGAAUUCUUGCUAGGUAGUAAGUCAAUUACGUUAACCUUGCUGCCUCAAACUACUGGACUACUUGUUCUGCGCGCAAAUCUGUCAACCACAUUCAGCACAGCAGCCUGUGCUUAAACUUUUUCUGACAAUUCUCGAUGCUCUAAUGUGCCUCCUGAUAAAUGAGAUUGGUGUAUCACUGUUCAACAUUAUUCCCUUAUUAUCACACCGUUGUCGAUGAGCAUUCUCUGAAACUUUCCUACCAGCGGGAAUUAAGACGAGUAGAAUACACAACGUUGUCAACUAUCAUGCACGAAGGAUUAAAAAUAUGCAAAUGCCACGUAGCUAGACAGAACCAAUGUAAUGAUCUUUGCCGUCGCUUGGAGAUACUUAAAUAUGUUGGCAUACCACCUAACUGCACAAUUAUUCUUAACUGAUUAAUCAGCUUAUCACAUAUAACUAAAUGAAUAGUGUCACAGAGAAAAUUGUAGACGAAAUUGAAAAACUCCCGCUACAGCAUUCCGUUGCAAUACGCGCUACAUUCCGCAGCGCGACAAAAGCCCGCGAAUACAAGCGAGGUGCUUCGAGCGACCAGUCGGGCGGCAGUGUUUCGUAUAUUCGCGGGCUUCUUUCAUGCAAGGAAAAACGCACUUAUGUAGCACGUAUUGAGCAACAGAAAGCUGUAUCGGGAGUUUUUGAUGCUGCACCACAAUUUUCUCCUUGACACUUCUCAUGUAGUUGUAAUAUUUGAUAAGUUUUUGAAAUAAUUAAGACUAAUUAUAUAAUUAGGCAGAAUGCGAAAGGUAUUCCGAGU